AUGUCUACCAAGCUACCAUUCACUCUUGAUGACCCAUCCCUCUUCCACGAGGCUUCACUCUUGAACGGAGAAUGGGUUCAAGCCAAAUCUGGAGACAAGUUCGAUGUCGAAGACCCUGGAUCUCGCAAAGUGUGGGCAUCUUGUGCCAACAACGACGUCGCCGAUGUAGACCAAUACGUUGAGACGUCGCAAACAGCGUUUGAAAGCUAUCGUUUCAUCAACCCACGUCAACGGGCCAAGAUCCUGCUUAAAUGGCACGAACUGAUCACUGUUGCACGCGAAGAUAUCGCCAAAAUCCUCGUUUUUGAAACCGGCAAGCCAUGGGUAGAGGCUGUUGGGGAGAUCGAUUACGCACUCGGUUUCGCUUGGUGGUUCGCAGGUGAAGCUGAGAGAGUGCGAGGUUCUGUUGCGAUUCCCUCCGUGUCCAACCGCCGUACAUUUGUUAUAAAGCAGCCUAUUGGAGUGUGCGUUGCUCUUGUUCCUUGGAACUUCCCCGUUGCUAUGAUUAUCAGAAAGGUAGCUGCAGCCUUGGCAGCGGGAUGCUCUAUGAUUAUCAAGCCCUCGCCCGAAACCCCUUUAAGCGUCAUGGCUCUGGCCGAUCUUGCCCUUCGUGCAGGUGUGCCGCCUGGCGUGAUCAACGUCAUCUCUACUGAUAACGACAACACUCCUUCUGUCAGCGAGAGGCUCUGUAAGCACCCGCUUGUGCGCAAAGUCACUUUCACUGGAAGUACUAGCGUUGGAAGCAUUGUCGCGAAGCACUGUGCCGAGGGCGGCCUGAAGAAGGUGACGAUGGAAUUGGGAGGGAAUUGCCCGUUUAUCGUGUUUGAUGACGGCGAUUUAGACCGAGCUGUCGCUGCUCUGAUGAUUCUCAAGUGGCGCACUGCUGGCCAGGCAUGCACACAUGCCAACCGGGUUUACGUACAGAGCGGCGUCUUUGACAAGUUUGCUAAGCUGAUGACUGAAGCCACCGCAACGAUCAACGUCGGUCAUGGUAUUGAAAAGGACACGACGAUGGGUCCCUUGACUACGAGUCGCCAGGUCGAAAAACUCAAGAAACACGUGUCUGAUGCUGUUGGGAAAGGGGGCAAGCUCCUUUGUGGAGGCAAUCAGCCUAGCAUCAACGGCUACUUUUUCGAGCCAACUAUUAUCUCGAAUAUGACCAAGGAUAUGUUGACAACUAACGAAGAGGUAUUUGGGCCUUUGCUGGGCCUAUACAAGUUUGAGACGGAAGAAGAGGUAGUCAAGCUAGCUAAUGAUACGUCCAUGGGUCUAGCUUCGUACUUCUUCACCAGGGAUGUUAGCCGAACGUGGCGAUUACUGGAAAGUCUUGAAGCUGGAAUGAUUGGCAUGAAUACUGGCAACGCAUCCUGUGCCGAGUCACCAUUUGGUGGAAUGAAACAAUCGGGUUAUGGGAAAGAAGCUGGCAAGGAUGUUGCAAUUGAAGAGUACUUGGUGUCUAAGACUGGCACUUUGACCGUGGAGGGAGUACCAAUGUUGUGAGAGUUGGUUUAUUGUAGCAAAGUGGAAUAGUCUCAAG